AGUUUAACCGUAGUGGCCAACAGACCCGAAAUGAAGAACUCCCACGCAAACGCAGAUUACGAGUCCUAUUACUAUGAGGACAUCACAAAAUAUUGGGUUAAUCAAAGCGAAGGAUACAUAGACUGCAGCUAUGGAUUAAGCCAAAAUGCUACUACUGGCUACAUGGAUUACAAUAAAAAAGAGGCUGAUUGGAGCAGUGAAGCUACCGAUAAAUGGUUACAACACGAUGAAACUGCUGGGGGGAACCUACCAAAGCAAACGCCCAAUCUCCGAACACCAAGUUCGAAUCGCAAGGAACGCACAGCCUUUACCAAAUCGCAGCUGAAGGAGCUGGAAACAGAGUUCUGCUACUCUAACUAUCUAACCCGCUUGCGCCGCUACGAGAUUGCAGUGGCUCUGGACUUAACGGAACGCCAAGUGAAGGUUUGGUUCCAGAAUCGUCGCAUGAAGUGCAAGCGCAUCAAGCUGGAGGAACAAGGCCCUAGCAAGAACAACUCUAGUUUUUAA